UAGCAGCUUGUCUCAUAUGUACAGCCUGUAAUAGGUAUCCAGGUUCCAGACUGUGUGGAAUUAACUAGUUUCUUUACAGCUCACUCUUAGUUUAUGAAUCUGAUGAAAUGUCAUUCUUAACAUUACAGGCUUUAUUUGGAGAACACUGCCGUUCCACAUUCAGCUUUUAAUAAGAUGACAAUCCACGAAUUAGACAAUCACAGUGCUCUUUAAUGUGGUACUUGAUGGACUUAUUAUGAAAGGUGAAUCAGAACUCUUUGAGAAGCUCGGGAGAUAAAUCAUUUCCUUCAGUCUGAUUAAGUUAUGUUCCUCCGAAAGUUAUUUGUCAUGCCCGCAUCUACGUUUGGGCUUCGUCUCUCUCAGAAAUUCAUAUUUUUAUUAUUUUUAUCUGCAUUUGUUACCUUUUGCAUUGGAGCAAUUUUCUUUCUGCCUGAUUCGGCUCGAUUGAAAAGGAUUUUUUUACCCCAGGCUGAAAGCCAAAAGUUGGACAGUGACUUAGAGAAGACAAGCAAACGGGUAAUUAAGAAAUCAGAGGAGACAGUGGUUAAAAAACAUGAAAAGUUAAAAGGCUCUUCUGUGCACCAAACAGGAGAUGGAGGGACCGAGGGAAGGCAAACAGGUCAGCGAAUAUUUGGGAAAGAUGGACAGCUGAAUGUGAAAGGUGACCAAACUCUUUCCACACAGGGGGAUGCCACUUCCAGGGAGCGAAAUGCACAGGGACAGUCUCAGGCACCAUGGAGUGACACUGAUCAACUGCAAGCAAUGGAGGCCACAACUACUGCUCAUCAGAAUAAAUGGAUAUCUGCUGGGGGGCUUGAUUAUAAGGAAUUUCACAGAGGGCAGCGUAAUCCACCUCUGGGAGUUGCUGGGGGUAAACCACAUGACUCUGAGACCCAGAAGAGAAGAGAGAAAGUAAAAGAGAUGACAAAGUUUGCAUGGGAUAAAUACAGAGAAUAUGCUUGGGGAAAGAAUGAACUGAGGCCGCUAACUAAAAGUGGACACAUUGGCAACAUGUUUGUGUUUUAG